CGAAUUCUUACAUGAUAUGUUCACCAGCGUUCAUUGUCUACAGGCAUCAAUUAGCGGUGCCGAGUAGUAAGCUCAAGUACUAACAACAGUUUUAAUAAGUUAAAAGCACGGAAAGUCGCAUAAAUACAAGUGUAUUGAAGGAAACAAAUUGAUCAAUGAGGUCAAACAUGAAGGUCAAAGGGUCAGAAAUCAUUGCACACUCGGAAAUAUCUUGUCACAGGUUGCGUGAUAUAAGUCCUUAUUCUUGACACAGAGAAGUAUUACAUGUAUAUGGAUAUACAGGUGAACAGAAAAAAUAACAAUCGGCUAAUUUCAAUUCGCUGUUAUAAAUCUUUUUUAUGAGGUCAUAAUCCUCAGAGAAAAUGAACCAGCCAAUGAAAACACGAAAGGAAAACUCCAUUCAAUUAAGCUACGAUAACGCGGCGUUUACUAAUACAUGUAUAGCUGAUGCAGCCCCAAGUGACAAGGUGGACGUUGUAGAAGAAAACGACGAGACCUUCCAAAAACGAAGUACUUCAGUUGACUACGAUGAAGUCGGAAAUGACCUCAAUUCUGUUAUAAAACAUGACAAUGGAUUUGAAAAUUCCGAUUUGGGGAUUUAUCAAAUAUCAAAAUAUCGUAAAAGUGAUAAACUGUUUAGUGUGAUAGAAAGAGGCCGAGAGACAUCUGGGAUUUCAGUCACCAAUGACAAAGUGGAAGAAAAAAAAUCCGACGUGAACCGAGCAUCACUCAUGUCUUAUAUCAAGGAUAAACUAUUGUCAAAUAAGUCAAAUGUAGUGGCUCGGGAUGAAAAUGAGGAAUCGGAAGUUAACGAGGAAGGAAGAGAGACAUGGGGAAAGAAAAUUGACUUUCUUCUUUCUAUCAUAGGAUUUGCCGUUGACUUGGGAAAUGUCUGGAGAUUUCCGUACAUUUGCUACAAUAACGGCGGGGGUGCAUUUUUAGUGCCAUAUUUGUUGAUGUUGAUUUUCUUGGGACUUCCUCUAUUUUACAUGGAGUUAGCUUUGGGACAGUUUCAAAGAUGUGGUGCUAUCAGUGUGUGGAAGAGGAUUUGUCCAAUGUUUACUGGUGUGGGUUAUGGAAUUUGCCUGGUAGCCACAUUUGUAGCGUUUUAUUAUAACACUAUCAUAGCAUGGGGCGUGUUUUAUAUGUUUGCCUCCUUUCGGUCUGAGGUCCCCUGGGAAAAUUGCAAUAACACAUGGAAUACAGAAAAUUGUAUGUCCCUGUCAACGAAUUUCAACAGGAGUCUGAUAACAAAUCAUACCAUAAGCGCCGCUGGUGAAUACUAUUUCAAUGAAGUAUUGAUGGUACAGCAUUCGUACGGAAUAGAAGACAUAGGAAGUCUACGGUGGCAACUGGUGCUAUCGCUGGCCGCUGUGUUUUUAAUCGUGUACUUCAGUCUUUGGAAAGGAAUAAAGUCAUCAGGAAAGGCAGUUUGGGUGACAGCUACAGUGCCUUAUGUUGUACUUGUAAUUCUUCUGGUUCGAGGCUGUAUGUUGCCCGGUUCAGCAGACGGCAUUAAGUAUUAUAUCACGCCUGUCUGGAGCAAACUUCUGGACGAACAGGUGUGGAUCGAUGCCGCUUCCCAGAUCUUUUUCUCUCUAGGACCGGGGUUUGGUACUCUUCUAGCCUUGUCUAGCUACAAUAACUUCCACAACAACUGUUAUUUUGACGCCAUAACAGUGAGUAUAAUUAAUUGUAUGACGAGUUUUCUGGCUGGGUUCGUCGUUUUUGCUGUUCUGGGUUAUAUGGCACAAGCUCAGGGAGUCUCUAUUGAGAAUCUUCCCACUAAUGGUCCAGGUCUUGUGUUUGUGGUUUACCCAGAGGUCAUUGCGACUCUGACUGGAUCAGUGUUUUGGUCCAUUAUCUUCUUUAUUAUGCUUAUCACUCUGGGUUUAGACAGUACUUAUGGAGGACUGGAGGCCAUUAUUACAGGAGUUUGUGACGAAUAUCCUAAAAUUAAACGUCAUAGAGAAUUGUUUGUCCUUGGUUUGAUAUUAUUGUGCUUUCUAGGAGCGCUGCCAACUGUUACAAAUGGUGGUCAGUAUGUCAUUAAUUUGUUGGACAACCAUGCUGCUCCAAUAUCUUUACUCUUUAUUUGUUUCAUAGAAGCCAUAGCUGUCAACUGGUUUUAUGGUUGUCAGAAAUUUUCUAAUGACAUUGAAAGUAUGCUUGGUCACCAGCCAGGGAUCUUUUGGAAAAUGUGCUGGAUCGGCAUCUGUCCUGUUUGUCUUUUGAUACUGUUUGUUUUGUCCUGUUGGAAAUACGAGGGCAUGCAAUUAAUGGGUUAUGUGUACCCACCUUGGGCUGAAGCAUUAGGUUGGUGCAUCACCGCUUCUUCCAUCAGCUGCAUCCCUAUUUAUGGAGUUUACAAAUUCGUUACUAAACGUGGUACGCUAAAACAGAAAAUUCUUCGACUCGUUAGGCCAUCUGCGAUAGCUGAUCACCUAGUCGUGGUUGGAAGAACUUGUAACAAAGAUACAUACACUGUUGCAGUAGACGUAAACAAUCUGUCCAACUCAGCCACAGCAGAGAGCGCAAUUUCUCUGAAAAGUUCAUAUAAAGUGAAUGGUGACGUUCAUAAUUUGUGUCCGACCAUGCCUAAGGUUAUGGAGUUCUUCUCAUUUUUCUUUCUUGUUUUCAUCGGAGUAUGUCAAGGUCUACAUGGAGGUCAAAUUUGUCUGUCCUGCGAUGGUGUUGUGAGACCACGUGACUGCUCAACAGUAGUUGUCUGCGGGAGGCACGAGCAAUGCGGUGUAGAACAGGUUGUUUCUAGAGCUGGUGUUGUAACAUAUAAUGUUGGCUGCCUUUCAACAAGCGUUUGUGCUGAACCUGGUAAAAGAGGUGCAUCCCGUGUGUCUGCAAGAUCAAUGUUUGGAACCGAUUCCGGGAUUGUAACGUGUCAGCAGUGCUGUAAUGGUACAGACCUUUGUAACAGCCAAGGUUGUGGGCAAUCAGGCUUUGACCCAUCUACUGGGAAAUAUUGUUACUCCUGUCCACAACACGCACAAGCUGACAAAUGUGAUCACAUCGACUUUUGCUUCGAAGACCAGAACUGCUUCAUUGGAGAAACAACAUUUGUCUCGGACAGUUUCUUUGAAUCUCGAUGCCAAAGUAAACAACUUUGUCCGGCAACUGGAAGUGGACGAACGGCUUGCUGCAGUACUCAACUUUGUAAUUCAGGAAAUAUUUUGUCGAGUGGAUCGCUCGGACAAACAACCCCAAUGCCUCAUAUAAAUCAUACGGCUCCACAUUGUCCUUCACAAUGGAUAAUUCGGAAUUUAUCAGAGAGUGUCCAAUUUUUAUACUGUUUAUAUCCAAAUAAAAAAGUGCCAUGGGCAACAGCAAAGCUACUAUGUAAUCGUCACAACACUCAUCUACCUAUCAUUGAAACAGACCAAGAGAAAGCUAUUAUCGAUGGAAUCACAUCUCAUACUGAAAUAUGGCUGGAUGCGACAGAUAAAGAUAGGGAAGGUGUCUAUAUUUGGAGCACGACAAACGAGACGGUGUCAAAGUAUUACUGGGCCGAUAAUGAGCCGGACGAUCAGAAAUAUCCUGCGGACGAAGACUGCCUGGAAAUGGGUCCGAAUUAUCUGAUGGGGUGGAACGACGCUCCGUGUGACAGACUUGUGGGAGUUUUGUGUGAAUACGGCUUAACGAAGCAUGUUCAACAGCCCUCAGUAGCUUGUCCUACCGGCUGGAGAUCAGCAUUUAAUCUGCAGUAUUGUGUUGUGAGAAAAUCUUUAAAUUGGUAUCAGUCUAAGAACUACUGUACAACUCUAGGAGCCCACUUGCCAAUACUUGAUAGCAAAGCCAAAAUGGACCAAAUUUUUCAGUUUGAACCAAACAUGGAAUUUUGGACUGACGGCACAGAGGAGGGACACCAAGGUCGUUGGCAAUGGAGUGCGAUCUCAGAAGACAUUCAUAAUGAUCUCUGGCUAGACGGGGAACCAAACAACUACCUGCGGAUGAAAGAAGACUGCAUGGAAACUGGAGAUAAGUAUGGCUGGAGAUGGAAUGACGCGCCAUGUUCGUGGCAAAAUAGAAGUACACAUAUCGUUUGCGAGAAGCCAAGCCCCAAUUUUGGUACUGUCUUUGGUUGAUCACUGUCCCUAAUGUUUCAAUGGAUAAAAAAUGUUUAGGAGUCCAUUUGUCAUAUAAUACAUU